GUGGUGUUAAAUGGAACAGUUUUCAUAUCUCGGAACUUCUAGUAUCUUCCCUUCUAGACACACCAAGAAUGUUGACUUUUCUCACAACUGGUAGAAGAAUCUCCAACAUUCUGCUGUGUGGCAAAGCCAAAAGAUUACCAAAAUCAAACUCCAGAACUUUCAAGAACCCACAUCAUCAAUUUGUAUAUAUAUAUAGCCACAAACCUCAAUUACUAAUUUGAAUUAAAUUACAACAAAACAUUUGCAAGUAAAUCAUCUCACGACCAAACAAAAAACCAAACCACCAAAACAUGUCAUCAAUAUUCAGCUCGCACUUUGAUCCCUUCUUCUGGGACACAUUUGGCCUUGGCUUUGGGCCUUCCAGUUCCAGAGACAGCAAUGCCUACAUGGACUGGAAGGAAACUCCAGAUGCCCACAUCUUCAAGUUCGACCUUCCAGGUCUCACAAAGGAUGAUGUCAAGCUUCAGCUUCACGACGACAGAGUCAUCCACUUAACCAGUGCAGAGAGAAAAGAAAAUGAUGAUGACAAGUGCAACAAAUGGCACUGUAAAGAGAGGUCAACUGGGACUUUCUACAGACAAUUUCGGUUGCCGGACAAUGCACAGGUCGAUCAGAUUAAGGCUUCAAUGCAGGACGGUGUACUUGUCGUCACAGUGCCUAAAGACCAGUUGGGGAAGAAAAAGAGCAAACUACACAAGGCUGUCCAAAUCUCUGGUGACAGAGAAGACCACACAUCUUCUCCUAAGGGACUCGGUCGCUUUGUUUGUUGCAAAGCUUAGGAGGAUUGUUUGAAGUAUAAGUCUCGUAUGUAGUAGUAGUUGAGAGUGUUUGGUUUUGGUUAUUCAUUUGUGUUUUUGUUUAUGAUGCUUGUACUGUUUAAUUUCACUUCCUUUUGAAUAUG